AUGAGGGCAGAGGGCACGUGCCCCCUCCUGGCUCUGGGGCUCCUGGUGGCCGGGCUCUGCUCCAGAGUCCGCUGCCUCCCCGGGGGCGGGCUUCCCCUGGAGGAUGCGACCCCAGCGGACCAACACAAAGGGGUGCCUCUGGACGGCCACACGUCCGUCUCCAGCAACAGCGACUUUGCUUUCAGCCUCUACAAGCAGUUGGCUUGGAAGACCUCCAGUGAGAAUGCCGUCUUCUCCCCGCCGAGCGUCUCUGUGGCCUUGGGCUUCCUGCCCCUGGGGGCCUGCGGACCCACCCUGACGGAGAUCCUGGAAGGCCUCAAGUUCAACCUCGCGGAGACCCUCGAGACAGAAAUCCACCAGGGCUUCCAGCACCUCCUGCAGAUGCUCGGCCGACCCAGCAACCAGCUGCAGCUGAGCGAGGGCAACGCCAUGUUCGUCCAGGAGCAGCUGAAGCUUCUGGACAAGUUCAGGGAAGAUGCCCGGGCGCUGUGCGCCUCCGAGGCCUUUGCCACCGACGUCCGCGGUCCGGACACUGCCAGGAAGCUGAUCAACGACUACGUGAGGCGUAAAACGCAGGGGAAAAUUGUGGAGCUGUUCAAGGACCUUGACAAGCUCACAAAGAUGAUCCUGGUGAAAUACGUCUUCUUUAAAGCCCAGUGGAAGACCCGAUCUGACCCCCAACAUACUAAGCAGUCAGAGUUCCACGUGAGCGAGAACAGGACAGUGGAGGUGCCCGUGGUGACCACUGGGGGCCGGGAAACGCCUUCCUUCCGGGACGAGGAGCUGGCCUGCCCCACGGUGGAGCUCAAGUACCCCAGCAACGCCAGCGCGUUCCUCAUCCUCCCUGACGAGGGCAAAAUGCAGGACCUGGAGGCCGAGUUGCUCCCAGAGAUGCUGAGGAGGUGGAGAGAGUCCCUGCAGGCCAGACGGAUAGAUGAACUCAACUUGCUAAGGUUUUCCAUCUCCAGAGACUAUGAGCUGAGAAGCAUACUUUCCCGGCUGGGUAUUAUCUUCAACCACGAGUCUGGCCUGUCAGGAAUCAUAGAGGCCAACAAGCUGGGGGUUUCCGAGGUGGUCCACAGCGCUGUGCUUGGCGUGGAGGGCGUGGAAGGAGCUGCCGCCCUGGGAAGCAGCUUGAUCUACAAGACUGGAGAAGUGAUCACCAUGCAUUUCAACAGGCCCUUUACGUUUCCCACACUCAGUAAAGACACCCAGAGCAUCAUCUUUUUGGGCAAAGUCACCAACCCCGGUCAAGCCUAG